AAUCAGCUCACGAGUUAAAAAGUGCCCUUGCUGGUGCUGGCUUCCUCACUUUGCCCACUUGCCUCCCUCCCUCCUUUCGUUUCCCUCCUUCCAUUCUUCGUUCUCUCUCUGGACUCACUCCCUGUGAAGGCUUAAUUGAGUCCAAGGGAGGAUCAGGUUCUCUUGCCUUGGAGUCCAGAAAUCUUUCCUAGCAAGUCCCAGCAGGAGAGGAAAGCCACAGCUGGAAAAGGGGAAAGGAAGAGACAAGUGAGUGAUCCUGUCCAGAAAGGAGAGCGAGCAGCUGGAGAAACAGCUUCCUCAGCAGCAGCAGCAGCAGCAGCGGAGUCAGCGGGGCUGUUCCUGCCCGAUCUCCUGUCUCUGGAAUCCUAGCAGCCAGCUUCAUCCCUCUCCAUUGACCAACGGCCAGACCAGGAGAGCGGAGAUUCACAACUCCAAAAUGCAGCCACAACAGCAGCAACAGCAGCGUCGAAAAUUUGCAGCUGCCUUCCUGGCAUUCAUUUUCAUUUUGGCAGUUGUGGACAUUGCUGAAGCUGGCAAGAAAGAGAAACCAGAAAAAAAGGUGAAGAAAUCAGACUGUGGGGAAUGGCAGUGGAGUGUGUGUGUCCCAACCAGUGGGGAUUGUGGUCUGGGUACCCGGGAGGGCACUCGGACUGGUGCAGAGUGCAAACAAACUAUGAAGACCCAAAGAUGUAAGAUCCCAUGCAACUGGAAGAAACAAUUUGGAGCAGAGUGCAAAUACCAGUUCCAGGCCUGGGGAGAGUGUGACGCAAACACUGCCUUGAAGACAAGAACAGGAAACCUGAAGAGAGCUCUUCAUAACGCUGAAUGUCAGAAGACGGUCACCAUCUCCAAGCCAUGUGGGAAAGUUACCAAACCCAAACCACAAGCAGAAUCCAAGAAGAAGAAAAAGGAAGGCAAGAAACAGGAGAAGAUGUUGGACUAAAAGACAGCAAGCUGGGAAGUACAUGAAAAGGACAUCAGCAAACGUGAUCAGUUAACAGUUUUAUUUACAUCAACUGUAGGGGUUCUAUCCUGAAGUUAUUUAUAGCUUAAUUAUACAAUAGGCAUAAAGGAAAAAAAAGAACUUUUUUUAUAGUAGUAUUUUUUCAUGUGUAACCAUAACAUUGUUAGGUGCCUGUAUUAAAAGACUGUAAUUCCAUUUAGAAAUUUAUUUCUCUUAUACAAUGAACAAUAUGUAAAAGCUUAAUGUCCAUUUUUCAAAGUCAUGCACAAUUUUAGGUCUAAAACCAACAAUCUUUAUAUAUUUUUUUUCUUUUGGUGGGAGUUAAGAUUUCAUGAUGACUGAGUAAAUACAUUCUCAGGUUAGGUGCCCUCCCCACCCCCUUUUCAAAUUUGAACUUUUUCCUAGGCAAAAUAAAAUUGAGUUCCUCUGCCCAUUUAUUAUAGGGAGAAAGGUCAUCUUUUCAGCCAAUGAGCUCUUCUUUGCUUUUAGUCAGUUAAAAGAGUAAAGGUCAAUAAUCUUAAACCUUCUCCUAUGCUCUGGACCAAAUGCUGUUUUUUUUUAAAGCAAAAAUAUUUUGUAUUAGAAAUGGUCUCCUAUUUUGGCAGCAAUGUUUGUUUUCUAGAGAAAAGAGAUUUUUUCAUUUGAAAAACUGCUAGGAAGAAAAAUAUGCUCUUUUGUGAAAUAAUUCACUUCCAUAACCCUCCCCUACCUCCCACCAUAUUGCCCCAGUCGACUCCACCCAGUCUGAUCUAUUAGCAAUGACGAUUUUUCACUUAGAUCUAGUUAAAAGAUUUCCGUGCAUGAGCAGAAGAUUUUUUUAAAGCGAUGCUCUUUUCCUUUACACCAAUUAUUGGAAAGCAUGGUUAGUUUGGUGCUAUUGGCCUCAAGCAAGGCCACAUAUAGGACUGGCUUUGGGGAAUAGGAAAGAAGGAAUUACAUUUUUGAUGGAAAGGUUUACAAUUGCAAAGCACAUACCAGUCCUGGGGCAACUGUGAGAAAUGAGAGUGUGAGCCCUGUGUCUAUGCCAGGCUAUUUGGUUCCAAUAGAUAUCAUGUGAGUGCCAAAGACCAUCUGUGUAGCACCUUUAUCUCUUGGCCCUGCAAGGGACUUUUAUAAAGGAAGCAGAGCUAUAAUUAGGAAUUUAGGGGCCCAGGGAAAACAGCACAAACUGUAUCCCCCAAUAAACCAUGUAAUUCAUUAUAUGCAAAUAAGAAAACAAGUAAUCAGGACAAAGUCAGUUGAAAAGGGGGAGUUAGUUACCACACUUGCUCACAGAUGGGUGCUAUUAACAUUACCUGUGAACUUGUAGCCUCCUAUUUUAAGUUUUUUGUCAUGUUAACUAGGUAGUUAUAAGUUCCUAGUUAGUAAUUUCUUAUUUCUAGCUGCAGGAGUGUGUGUGUUAAAUCUUUGUAUUCUCUAAAUAUUGGUGCCCUGGAGCAAAGCCUCAAUCAUACCAUCUCAGUUAUGUCUCUGAAUGGAAGAUUUCUCUGAUUCUAUGAGAGAUAGAAAGUAGUUAGGUGUUGGCUAAGUUCAAAGUAUCAAGCUUACCAUUAUCAACUAUUCUGUAAGGCAAAAGAUUAAAAUUAUUACAAUGCUUAUUUUAAGGAAGGAAUACAUAUAUCUAUAUCUCUCUAUGUAUGUCAGUAUUCUCAAAAGGGCAUGAGAUCAAUUCACAGAAUAGUUUCAUUGGUUCUACCACUGGUCUGGCCCAUCUCAUGCUAAAUUCUUGGCAAAGUCCUUCUGUUAGGGGGGCUGUGCUCAAUUCUGCCUCAAAACUAAAUGCCAACCUACAAAACUAAUUAGAAAGAGGCAAGGGCCAUGCAUUGAGAUUGAUUUCCACUUAAUAAAAACAGAAUGCCUUAGAUGAUAUAAAUGAUAGCCAGAUGCAUAGGAAUUGAUAUCUUUUUUCAGGCCAACCCUAAUCAAAGGGGGAAAAUAUGCAUGGGGGGUAGAGGGAUGAGGUGAAAGAAAUUUAUUGCAUCCAACUGUCUGUUGGCUAUUCAAGAUUCCACACAACUGAAUGCUGGGAGUGAUAGAAGGAGCGACACUACAUUCUAUUAGCUUGUUAUUAGCAUUGCUUCUCCAUUAGCAUUUACUACGGGUACUGGCCAAAAACAACGGCCCAUGAAUUAUUAAUGAGUCAGAACAAGUUCUCUCAAGUGACAGACAGCCUGGUAAAUAUCCAUGCCACAUUCCUAUAUUGACAGGACAUUAUGAGAAGCCAAAGAAAUGCAGGAGAUUUCUGUUGUUUUAUCUCCAGCCCUUAACAAACCAUAUAAUUGACCCUCUGAUUCUCUCCCUUGUCAUGGAAAAAAGGUCAGUUUGUAUAGCAGGGCUGUAAUCUCAGUUGCAUAUGUGUGAAAUUAGAUUUCCUUCCAACUGCCGUAACAAUUCUACCAAAACUGGCUUUCUCUGACUUGCUAAAUCAUAAUGAGAAACUGAGGAGGUAAGGAUGAAAAAGACUAAGCUCCAAACAUGGAUGAUUAUUGCAUUUGGUGGUGGUGGUGGUGAAACAACAGAUGAUCCCCACAGACCUAGGAGUCUCAGAGAACACCAGGGGAAACCCUUUCUCCAAACCCUUUUCAUUUCAUGUGAGUUUAAACCUGCUAAUCCUGGAGGGAAGGAGUGGUGAUACAGAAAGAACUCUGCUAGAUUUCCUUAUGUAUUUCAGGGGUUUCCAUUCAAGUAUUUGCCAGUUGCAUGAGUGGAAGAAUAUGGUAGACAUGAGGCUUUCUCACAAAACCUUCUGGCAAGUUAAAUAGAGAAUCCCUAUUAAAGGGUCCCAGUAAUCAUGCCUUAGUAUUCAGGAGGGGUGCUAUCCCUUGACUACUUCUAACACAUCUACUUUCUUAGUUAUUUGGACAUACCAUGAAGAAAUAUGACUGCUCCAUCCCAAUUUGUGCAGGUUGUGAGGAAUAAAAAGAAAGGAUUCAUUGAAAUGAGGCCCUUAUGUUAGGGCAGUUGGUGGCAAAUUUCACAAAGGUCUAAGAGAUGAUAUAUAGAAUUCCCAGUCACUGAAGUGCUAUCAAAGGAUGGUUCUUUGAGAUAGUGUAAAUCCUUGAAACCAUUUCCGUCUAGAAUCAUAUAGGGAGUUGAAAGACUAUAUAACCGAUGGGAAAGAAUCUGAUUACUUAGGAAGAAGCGAAAAAUUCACUUUCAAGAAGAGCUUUCUCUGGCCUCCCUUCUAGGAUACCACAUUAAGAAAUAACUAGAAGAAAACUCCAUCUCAUUAUCCAAGUUCAGGACUACAGGGAUAGAGAGUCAUGCUUAGGUUUGUUUUGGGACUCAAAGGUUGGAAGACGACUUUGUAGAAAAUGUGGAUUGCUUUUAAACCAAGGAGAACUACAGAAAAGAGUGGUAGUGAGUCCUUGGAUAGUGCUUAAUUUCGUUAUGCAUUCAUUUGAAAGCAAUUGAAAUCUGGCUCUUACUGUUGUCAAUUUUGACCCAUAAGUAUUUCAAAGUCACUGGGGGCAAUGAAUGAAAUCCUUAAAGUAAAGGUAUAGAUUUAUUAGCCCUCCUAAAGCAUUGAUUUCUAGUUCACUAUUAUCUAACCUAAGGAGAGCCGGAAUUAAUCACCUUAUGGAAUCUUUAAAUGUUUGAGUGACUGGGAAAGGCUACACAACUUUUUUUCUUUAACAAAGAUAAUUCAGUUGGCAUUAGCUUCUUAAGCGAAGAGAAAAAGAAUUAAGGAGACUUUUUUUGGGGUGUGAUGAUUUAUGAGGGAAAGAGAGAAGAAUAUUUUCCCUCAGAUUAUAUAGUUAUAACAUUAUUUCCAUCUGAAAAAAUCAAAACUUUACUAAAAUGCUGUACAUGGUUCUAGUUUGCUAAAUGGGAUGAAGGCAAAGAAUUUCUCCCUUCUUAAUCUUCUUCCAUAAUGACAAGGUCAGGAAGUACGUCCUGAAAGUAGUUUUUCAAGGCACUGAUUCCAGAUUUAAAAGAGGCUAUUGAUUUCUUCCAAUGAGUUUGCUCAAGAGGGAAGGUCCUGAGUCUGUAGCAAGUAGUGCCUACCUCAUACUUGUCUGGCUUCCAGGGGAAGGACAGUGUGGAGGACACUUUGAAGAGGGUGACUAAUAAUGUCCCCUUGCUACAGUAAUCUCUCUCUCUUAUUGCUCCCAGUCACCCAUUAUGCCAAGUAGAAACCAAAGUUAAAAUAUGCCCUCAGGGUGACCUGGCAGUGCCUGGGCAGGGUAGCCAAUGAAAUAUCUCAGUUCAAGAAUGUUUUCAUGUGAGGAAAUGGUGGUCUAAAUGACUUUUCUGUUUGAGAAGGCAAAAAAAUCAACAAAUCUUCCACUCUCUGCACCCACAACUUUGCUCUUAUAGCUUAAAAUAAGAAAAUAUGUUCAAAUAAAAACUUAACAGGCACAAAAGAUUGAUGAAUCUCAUGUAUAUACCUAUUAAACACUAUAGUCAAGUUACUCAUGGGAUUGGGUGAAGUUUUUAAAAUUUUUUUUGUAUAUUGAUUGUUAGAAGAAUAUUAUCUUUUGGUCUUUAAAAAUCUGCAUGAAAGCCAUAUAUCUGCAUAAUAGAAUAAAAACAUGAAUAAUCCUGAUAUAAUAUCCCUAAUGGUUUCCUAGCCUCCUGUGAUGGUGGGAUGCCUUAGAGAAUGUACACAUCUGUUGAUUGUAUCUAUCUACUUGACUUGCUCUUAGUGGAGAUAAAAAAUAAAAAAAAUAAACUAAUCAAAGAGAACUUGGCUAUUGU